AUGCUCUGUAACAUCUGCCGUGAGGGUCUUACGGGCAUCUGGGACCCCUCCCAGACGAAGCGAGUAUGCGGGAUCAAAGAGUUUAAUAAGAAUUUCCUUGGAAAUGACAGCAAGACUCGCAUCCCUCUGCCCACUGAGUUGGGUAAUGCAAAUCAGCACCCAUCGCAAUACAUGUUUGGUCACCACCUGACUUUAGAGUCCUACAACCGGUCUGUUGCUCAAGGUUGCAUCUUGUGUUGUAGGUCUGAGCAUGGGAGCCAGGACAUUGAUCAAACUUUUAUGGGGUACUUCUCCUUGUUUACUAUCUACCUUGGGAAAAACAAUCCUAUCAUGGGCAUAUUCAAGUCUGGGACAUACAUAGGUGGCCUAUCUUUGACGGUGUACAACGCCUCAACCCGAGACUUUAAUCUCAAGCUCAGCCCAUCAACUGGGGAUGCGGCUACAUUAGCUCUCGUCCAGAGAUGGGUGGAUACUUGUGUUCAAUCUCAUCAACAAUGCAGUCAGACGACUCCUUUCAUACCACAAUAUCUUCUCCAGUUGGAUGAGGCCAAAGGAUUAUUUCACCUUGUAUCGGCCGACCAAAUGGAUCCUCAAUCCCGAGCCAGUGUGCGCUACUGUACGCUUAGUCACUGUUAUAGGUUGGAAGAGAACAGUCUGCGACUCACGACGUCUACACUAGAGACUCCUUCUCGUCCACAAAGUCUUUCAACCCUUCCAUUGGCUUACAGGGAUGCAUUUACUGUGGUUGCACGUUUAGGUCUUCGUCAUCUAUGGAUCGACCACCUCUGUAUUCCUCAAGACGGGCUGCAAUCGCACUCUCACGAAGAGGUGAAGAAUGUUUUCUCAAACAGCUUCUGCGGAAUCGGUGCUACGGGAUCAGUUGUGCCUUCCUCCGGCUUAUUCGUCGAGCGCAAAUCAGAGCUCUUUGUGCCUACCAUACUACAGGUACAACUUGACGCGGACGGGACCAAAGGCUUGGUGAAACUCGAUAAUCCAAAUCUGACAAGCUUUCGAGAUGAGCCUUUGGUUAAAAGUGCAAAGGGGCUGCGAGAACGUCUCUUGACGCCAAGAAUGGUCCAUUUUGCAAGUUCACUUGUAUACUGGGAGUGUCAUGGUGCCCAAUGCAGUGAGAUAUCCCCAGAGAACAUGGUGCUCCUACCAAAGUCAUAUCAAGGUUUAGUACAGGGGAGCAACAAAGAUAUUGACAUGUUGCUGCCACAACCAACUUGGAAACCAAUUGUCAUGGUCCUGCCACUGUACUGGGCAAACGCCGACCCUCAAUCAUACAUUCUGGAUCGUUGGUUUAACCUUUUGCGCACGUCUACUCAGUGUACUGCGACAGCACCAGAGGAGAGGCUAAAUUGUGUUGACAGUGCUGUCGUAGGUACAAAGACUCAACUUCAGGGAUAUGGAUGUGAUGAUACAUAUCUUGCUGGGAUGUGGAAGGCCACAUUGCCUAAGGCCCUCGUCUGGGCCGUGGAUGAUGUUGCAGAUCGACGACCUACAGAGUCUCAAGGCCCUUCAUGGAGUUGGGCUGCCGUCAACGGUGUCAUUCAAUAUGACAACCGGAAGGUGGAGGGAAUUGUGAAUGGCGACCUCUGUGAUUUCAUUGAUGCCAACUGCACUACGAAUGAGAUGACUUCAGUUAUAUCUGGUAGACUCACUCUGAAGGGGAAGUUACUGACUGCGAAGCUGGGCUAUGACGACUACAACGAUUAUGGCCUGCCUCAAUAUGUUCUCACAGCUAGAUAUGGCACCCAGAUGAACGUCUUGGAGCUAACAGACGGUAACUCAGGCGGCUGUCUUGUAAAGCCACCGGAGGACGCCGGUCACCUGUACGAGUGGUAUAUCCGCUUUGACACCGAAGAGGAUAUGAAGAAGCAGACUCAGACUGUUUUGCUUCCGAUCUGUUUGACUCCGACCUUAAACGAGGCCCGCGAAGUUUACAUGUACGGGAUGGCUCUUUUCAAGCUUGACAGUGGAUUCUACACACGUUGUGGAAUGUGGCAAAUUUUGAUGCCGUCUGAACAGGAAGCAAGGGGAGCUCUUCAGGUCCUGCCAGAAUGUGAGAUCACGAUUAUAUAA